GCAGUUCAGCGCAAAAGAAAUUGUAAUUGUAAAAUAUUUGUUUUCAAUAAGGUUUACAAAGCUAUAAUUUUUCUUCAAACUAUUUCGUUUUGUAUAAUAUAUUUUAAUGUGAGGUCUUUAAAUACCAUUUUUUGCCCCCAAUGUUUGAAAAUUGAUGAGAUGCACGCAUAACAUGUGAAGUUAAACAAUGAAGAUACGUUGCACUUAGUAUAUUUAAGAAAUUAAAUAUUUUAAUCGUAUCAUUUUUGUCAGAAAUGGCUUUUCGUUUCAAUUUCAACAGUCCAGAAAAACUAAGUGACUUUCGUUUCAAUUUCAACAGUCCAGAAAAACUAAGUGACUCACCUUCUGAACUGAAACCUUUACCAGAAUUAAAUGAAAAUAAAAAGUUAUCACAUGGUGACUGUAAAUACAUUUCUGCUGAUGAUUUGACUUGCAAGGUAGAUCAAAAAAUAACUAAGAAAAUACAAUCUGGCAAUUUAGAAAUAAAGUUUGUAACAGAAGAGUUGAUUUCGACUGUUCCAUCAUACUUAAAUAAUUCUGAAUCUGAUUUGCUUCCUGAUCAAUAUGAAGGGGGUUUCAAAGUCUGGGAGUGUUCUGUUGAUCUUCUGCACUUCCUUUCAUCUGAAAAUUGCAUCCACCCUGAUUAUUCUGUUUUAGAAUUAGGUUGUGGUGUGGGUUUGCCUGGUCUGUUUUCAUACUUAUGUGGUGCACAUGUUACAUUCCAAGAUUUUAAUUCUGAAGUGUUGGAAUUAAUCACUGCUCCUAAUGUAUUUUUAAAUUCCGAAACUGAAGAUAGUAAAAUGAUUUCUAAUCGAUGCAAAUUCUUGAGUGGCGACUGGGGUGAUAUUGAAGAGCGUUUCUUUCCAGAUCGAAAAACUAAUGAAUUAUUUGAUGUGAUAUUGACUUCCGAAACAAUCUACAAUCGAGAAAGUCAGAAAAAAUUAUUAAAACUAAUGAAAAGCGUUCUGAAACAAAAUGGCAUCAUAUAUGUAGCUGCUAAAAGUCAUUAUUUUGGUGUAGGAGGAGGAAUAGCAAAUUUUGAAGACUUAUUAAAAGAAGACAACACUUUUGACUUUUCUACAGUUCUUAAUAUUCAAGAAGGUCUUGAUCGACAAAUUCUAAAACUAACUUUCAAAGACAAAAGGUGACAACUAUGAUGUGUAAAAAUUAUUACGAAAAGGAUUAUUGCCUCAAUUGUUUUCUAAAAUUGGAUAUUAAAAAUAUUAUGAACAUA